AUGGAGUCAAUGAUGCAGACUUUGCACCUCGCUGUCUUCUUACACUCUCUUCCUCCACCCGGACCGCGUCCGCGAGUCUUCGAUUUAGUGUGUGGUAUUCUAGGGUUACUGCUCCAUGAUCCAUCGGUUGAUGCAGCCCCAGAGAUUUCUGAAGGUCUCUCCUUGCUGCAGCACAGAGGACAGGAUGCAUGUGGCAUCGUAACAUGUGGACCUAAGGGCCGAUUCUUCCAGUGCAAAGCCAACGGCAUGGUCCGGGAUGUCUUAGAUGAGAAAGCUAUCGCAAAAUUGAUCGGAGGUAUGGGUGUUGGCCAUGUUCGUUAUCCAACUGCUGGUAGCUCGGACCACGCCGAAGCACAGCCGUUCUACGUCAAUUCACCAUAUGGUAUUGUAUUCGCCCACAACGGAAACCUCAUAGACAGCCCAUCACUCUUGCAAUAUAUGGACGCCACCGCACAUAGACAUAUAAACACUUCAUCUGAUUCCGAACUUUUACUCAACCUUUUCGCCGACAAUCUUCAGAAGACAGGCAAAUUUCGUAUCAACGAAGAUGAUAUUUUCACCGCUAUAGGAGGUCUUAUGAGGCAGUGCACAGGAGCAUAUGCAUGUGUUGCCAUGCUCGCUGGCUUCGGGGUUAUUGCAUUCAGAGAUCCAAACGGCAUAAGACCAGUCGGGAUGGCUUCUAGGAAAACCGACACUGGAAGAGACUACCUCUUUGCAAGCGAGAGCAUCGUCGCUGAUGCUUUGAGCUUUAGUGGAUGGGAGGAUGUGAAGCCCGGCGAAGCAGUGAUCAUCACUCGGUCAGGGGUUUCCAGGAAACAAGUUGGAGCUCAUGCGACCUUUGCACCAGAUAUUUUUGAAUUUGUCUAUUUCGCUCGCCCCGAUUCUGUGCUUGACGGCAUCAGCGUUUACCGCAGUCGAAUGGCUAUGGGCGACGCACUUGCUGUCGAAGUUGACAAGGUUUUGAAGGAACGUGGCAUCACAGUGGAUGUCGUCAUCCCAGUUCCUGAUACUUCUCGUGUUGCAGCCUUGAAUCUUGCUCAGAAGCUCAAGUUGCCUUACCGAGAAGGCUUCAUUAAGAAUCGCUAUGUUGGCAGGACAUUCAUUAUGCCAGGUCAACAAAUGAGACGGAAGAAUGUUAGGAGGAAAUUAAACGCCAUGGCCCUGGAGUUUUCUGGGAAGAAUGUUCUCCUUGUUGACGAUUCCAUCGUUCGCGGCACCACCUCAGAAGAGAUCAUCCAGAUGGCGAAGGAUGUCGGCGCAAAAAAGGUCAUCGUCGCAAGCUGUGCCCCUCCUAUACGGCACUCGAAUGUCUAUGGUAUCGAUAUGCCUUCAAGGACAGAGCUCGUUGCAUAUGGACGCAACACUGAAGAGAUAGCCGAGGCUAUUGGAGCAGAUCUUGUUGUGUUCCAGACUCUUCCCGACCUCAUCGCAUCCGUGCGACAGUUCAACCCAUCUAUUUCGACGUUCGAUUGCUCCGUAUUCACAGGAGAGUAUGUCACCGGUGGUGUCAAUGAAGAGUAUUUGCACCGAUUGGAGUCGCUCCGUGCGGACAAUGUUAAGAACAAGGUGGCCGUGAACUCAUUGGAAGGCCAAAGUGAGGGCAGUAGGGCCAAUGGAUUUCACGAUCGGGUGAACAUAGUGGCAUCUGGCGGUCCAGUCAACAGCGCGGACGACACAGUUGGAUUACACAACACCUGGAAUAUCAGUUGA